AUGGGCAACAGUAAUGUAACAGACAGCUUGGGCCACAACCAAACUUUUCAGCAGACUCCAGGGCAGCAGGACCAGGUGAUGAGGCAGCAGAUGGAGCAGCUGCAAAGGCUGGUGGCUGAACAGCAGAAAAUCAUCGCACUUUACAACCCAGAUAACCAUCAAUUAAAAGAAAGAAUUUCCCCUGAAACUUUUUCUGCUGUCAAAGAACAACAAAGAGAACAAGUAAAGGAGGAAAUUUCUUCAUCUCCCUUUGGCAUAGAGGUUAAGAUAAAGACUGGAAACAUAGAAGACAGGCCAAUCACACCAGCAAUUGGUAUUAGAGAGAAGACUUCUCAAGAAUUUGUUGAAGGACAGCUUAAAGUAGGCAAUCAUCAUCUCAUAGAAAAACAGCAGAAGGAGCAGCAGAGCAAGGCAAAAGUAACACCUCGGAAGGCUUUUCUGAAACGAAAAGAAGGUAUGGCAAGACUCAAAAAAAGUAAACAGAAGCCUUUUAAAGAAGACAGCAAGCAUCCCAGAAGAGCUGGUUUGAACUAUUUGGGUCAUUUUUCCCAGCCUAGCCAAAUGGAUGCAGACGUACUGCAGCCGGGGGACUGUUCUCAGUUAAAUCUGCAGGUCAGUAGCUCCAUGCAGGUGGGUACACAUGGAAAAAAAGCAGACUGUGCCUUAGCUGAGUGGGAGAUAAAGGCUCAGACUGACUCUGAAGCAAAAGUAGUUGAGGAAAGUGCAAAAGAAAAAGAAGUGAUUGGGAGAAAGGAAGAUGCAAAGGAAAAUCCUGUUGACUUACCACAGAGAAGGUGGCCUGAAAUGCUGCAACCAUGUCCUCAAACAGUAGCAGAAAUGAACCUACAGGAAGGUGAGAAAAGGGAAACUCAUCAUAUGGAUUCUCUAGGGCAAGCAGGCAAAACUGAUGCAAGACCUGUGGAGGGUAGUCUGCAAAAGGACCUAGGUAGGGUGGAUCAGCUUCUCAAGGGUCAUCUCACAGGGGGAGCAAACGCCCCCUUGGAAGUCUUGAAAACACAUUCUUUACCUGAGGAUUUAGAAACAGAUCACAUCAAGGAAGCAGAGUGGAGUGCAGGCCCUGCAUUCACACAGACUCAGAAGUGGGUUCCAAUGUGCCCACAGGAACUUGUUUUGGGGAGCCAGAGCUCAGAAAGCAAGAGUCAAAUCCAUACUGGGUUUAAGAUGGUCAAUGACAAGAUAGUAAAAAUUACACCUAGCUCACCUGAGGCUGUGGAGAACUUGCGGCAGGAGUGGCAAAGGAAAGGGCAUGUUGCAUCUUUGUCCUGUGAGUCAAGCUGCUUAUCCUCCAGCAGUGAUGAUGACCCCAAAUCUCACCAUGCCCAGUAUCCCCCCCAGCAUCAUCCUCAGGGAGUAGAUUGUACUGACGGGCAUUUGGAUCUCUCUGAUGGUGAUUACGCUAGCGAUGAGCCCAGUGGAACUGAAAAAAUGUCUGCUAAAAUGUUCAGCAGCUCACACCCAAGGAAACAAGAUAUUCAAGCGAUCUCAAGACAACAAGGUCUCUCCUGCAACACAAGCAGCUGCUAUUCCAGUACCGGGGACUUCAGGCUGAAAGGGAGCAAGACUCACACUUCUCUUCAGCAGUCCCUACUUCAUCUCACAAGAUCAAAAAGGAGAGAGCAUAAGCCUGGAUCAAAGAAUGAGAAUAGGGCCAAGGACGUUAAAAAACAGUAUCUGGCAUCCCCAACAGUGGCUGGUGAGAUUCCUGCUUUCAAGAUUAAAGAAACCCCUGCAGUGGAAGAACCACAGAAAAAUCUGUUUACAGACAAAUUAGAUGUCUUUAUAGAAGAAACCCAGAACAUACUUCCCAGAGGAUUAGAGACUGGUGUAUACCCCAGAGGAACCCCUUCACUGACUCAGGUGAAAGAAGAACAAGAGAAAGCAACACACUUUCGCAGAACACCAGUGGACCAGCUCAAGACUUUCAGGAGCCAGGAGCUGACUCACCCUUUGGAAUACAAUAGAUACCAAAUUCACCGACUGCAGAAAGAAAAAAAUGCCCAUAGAAAGUUCAAAGGAACAGCUAGUGUCACCCGAGAAAAUGGGAAAUCAGAAGAAAUACAAAUGUUAAAACAGGAGAUUGCUGGACUGCAGGAGGAGUUCAAGAGAAAUGAGUCCUCCUGGCAUGCUGCCUACAGCAAUCUGAGAGACCAGGUUGAGAUGCUGACCAGGCAGAACAUGGAGCUUCGAGAUGAGCUCAGAGCUUCAGAACAUCAGAGAUGGAAAGCAGAAAAAAACCCAGAAGCUGUGAAUUUCAUGGACAGAAAAGCAGAGACUCCGGUUGUACAUCAACCCUCUCCUACUGGGAGAAGAACAGACAAUAGGAAAUCACCUGGACCUGUCUCGCAUCUGAGUGGUGGUUUUAAGGAGCCUAACUCAGCUUCCUACGUAAAGGGCAGGUCUUUGCCCAUUUCAGACAGCUCAGAAGACAUGCCCCUCUCACAUAACCACGGUAACGAUGGUUGCAGCUUUGCACUCCACAGUAACCACGAAAAAACAGAGCCUCCAAAAUCAAUAUUAUCUAGAAGGUCAACGUUACAUCAAGAAAGAAGAAAAAGCGAGGAAGAGGUGCAGGAAAAAAUAGAGUAUCGUGAUGGAAAGGUAGAAGCACUGCUUACUGAUGGACGUCGAAUCAUCACUUUCCGCAAUGGUACUAAAAAAGAGAUCAGUGCUGAUAAAAGUAUGACAACGAUUAGCUUUUUCAAUGGAGAUGUAAAGAAGAUCAUGCCAGAUCAGAGAGUGAUUUAUUAUUAUGCAGAUGCACAGACAACCCACACUGCUUAUCCAGAUGGCCUGGAGGUGCUGCAGUUCCCUAAUAAUCAGAUAGAAAAACAUUAUCCUGAUGGCACACAAGAAAUUGUGUUCCCAGAUCACACAGUGAAAUGCCUCUAUAGCGACGGAUUCAAGGAAACUUUUUUCCCAGAUGGUACAGUAGUAAAAGUAGAAAAGAAUGGAGAUAAAGUAGUGGUAUUCAGUAACGGCCAAAAGGAGAUUCACACUGUGCAGUUCAAGCGGCGGGAGUACCCAGAUGGCACUGUGAGAACUGUGUACUGCAACGGCAGACAGGAAACCAAGUACUCCACCGGACGAGUCCGAAUCAAAGAUGAGGAGGGUAAUAUCAUCCUAGAUAAGAAAUGA